CUGAUGGGGAGGGACUUGUCGUUAGCCUAAUUUAAAUCUACUAUGUGGACCACUGCCUGCACUGCAAUGAGCUUUACUGAGAAGUCCCGAAAGUCUUGGAUUGAAGAAACCUUCUUCAAAAGGGAGUGUGUGAAGUUUAUUCCUUCCUCUUGGGACCUCCACAGAUGUAUUCCAGUUUGUCAAGUAUGCCAGAAUCUGAUCAGAUGCUGCUGUGGUCGCCUGAUGGGGGAACACUCCUGGCAGGAGUCGGUUUCUCCAAUAUCCCUUUAUCCUGGCCCUGGACAUGUCACCGAAGAGAACUGGUCCAUGGAGGUUCACACCAAGGCCAGUCCCACCAAUGCCUAUGGGAUCAUUGACUUUCAAGACACUGCCACACGUGUCUGCCGGGCCAAGUUCGUCCGUGUGGCUGUGGAUUCCAAGCCCGAGGCGUUGCUCCAGCUGAUGCUGAGGGAAUGGCAGAUGGAAAGACCUAAGCUGCUGCUGACGGUCCAGGGAGGCUCAGAAAACUUCAUCUUACCUCCGAAAGUUAAGCAGGCCUUUAGCAAGGGGCUUAUCACCGCCGCUGUCAGCACAGGGGCAUGGAUACUAACAGAUGGGAUUAACACAGGUGUGUCUAAGCACGUAGGUGAAGCAGUAAAAGUAUUCGGAGGCCAUAACCUGAGGAAGAGAAACACAAUUGGCAUCACACCGUGGGGAAUGAUUGACAACAACGUUGACCUGAUUGGCAGAGAUGUGUUCAGACCCUACCAGCCGCUGGGGAACCCCUUAAGCAAACGGGCCUGUCUUAAUGGUUUCCACUCCCACUUCCUGCUGGUGGACGACGGGACGCUGGGAAAACACGGCUGUCAGCAAGGCUUGAGGAGGAAACUUGAAAAACACAUUCAGCUGCAGAAAAUACAUCCACGACUGAACCAAGGAGUGCCUGUGGUGUGUGUGGUGGUAGAGGGAGGUCCUUCCAUUGUCUCCACAGUGUUGGACUAUGUUAGCAGCGUGCCCCCCGUGCCGGUGUUUGUGUUCGAGGGAUCAGGCAAAGCUGCAGAUCUGCUUGCCUUCUUACACAAGCAAACUGCUAAUGACAGGGAGUUGGAUGCUGACAUCAAGGAGGAUUUCCUUGUCAGAAUUGGAGAUGUGUUUGGAGUUGAAAGGAGCGAAGCCACUGAUCUUUAUAGCCUCCUCCAGCAGUGUAUGGACCACAGACAGUCUAUAACCAUCUUUGACUCAGAGUCAGAAGACCAAACUUCACCAGAUGCAGCCAUUUUGACUUCUACUCUUAAGGGAACCAAGGCGAGUCCAGCAGAGCAGCUGAGUGUGGCUCUGGCUUGGGACCGGGCUGACAUCGCACAGAAAGACAUCCUGGUGUAUGGGCAACACUGGCCGGUGGGUUCCCUGGAACAAGCCAUGCUGGAUUCUCUAGUGAUGGACCGUGUCAGUUUUGUCAAAUUGCUGAUUGAUAACGGCAUGACAAUGGGACGCUUCCUCACCGUAGAUCGCCUGGAGGAGCUCUACAACACUCACCAGGGUCAGACUCAGCGGUUUUUGCACCACCUUGUCGAAGAUGCAAAACAGACUUCUCUUCCCCUUGGAUAUCGUGUUUCGCUCAUCGACAUGGGUACAGUGAUUGAAUACCUCAUAGGUGGAGCAUAUCAAAGCACCUACACGCAGAAAAACUUUAGAGCUGCCUACAGCCGCCUGCAGAACAAAGAGGGUCGGUGGGACAGCUCUGGCUAUUUUUCCAAACAAAGACGAGGACUGAGCACGAAGAACAGGAGUCUCCAAGAUCUACAUUUUUUUAGAACAGCUCAGCCCUAUAAAUCCAAGGAGCAAGGUGUGCCACCUGUGAACAGUCACAAGAUGGCAUUGAGUCCAGACUUUGGGGGUGCUCUGCUGCCGUGUCCGUUCAACUUCAAUGACGUGUUCGUGUGGGCGGUUCUUCAACAACGUCAGCAGAUGGCGCUCUUCUUGUGGCAACACGGAGAGGAAGCUUUGGCACGGGCUGUUGUGGCCUGUAAGCUCUACCGCUCCAUGGCCUUUGAGGCGCGCCAGAGCAACAUGGAUGACAACAUGGCAGAGAGAUUCAAGGCUUUUUCACUGGAGUUUGGUCAGCUGGCAGUGGAUGUGUUGGAUUGUGCGUUUCGGCAGAACGAGCAAAUGGCCAUGAAACUGCUAACCUCUGAGAUGGAAGCAUGGAGCCACUUCACUUGUCUGCAGCUGGCCGUCUCCUCGUGCCACCGACCGUUUGUCUCACACUCCUGCACUCAGACUCUGCUCACAGAUCUCUGGACUGGUCCACUCAACAUGAGAAAAAACUCCUUUUUGAAGAUCAUUUUGAGCCUCCUCCUGCCUCCUGCCAUCUUGCUGCUGGAGUUUAAAAGCAAAGCUGAAAUGUGCCACGUACCCCAGAGCCACGAGGCCACGCUGUUUGGACAUGAGACUGUUAAAUCUCAACCAGCCUCCGAGGCCCCCAGCCACACGGACUUUCCGGAUGCAGAGCGAGGUUUCUCUUUCCGGGAUAAAAGUGGUGGUUCUGUUUCAGAAACCGUGUCCUCUGUGUCUGCGUGGUGGCUGUCCUGUAUCACUAGAGUUUAUGACUUUUACACUGCUCCUGUUGUCAAGUUCUGGUUUCACACUAUGUCCUACUUGGCUUUUUUGAUGUUGUUCUCUUAUGUUGUCUUGGUGAAGAUGGAAGAUCAACCCAGUGUUCAGGAGUGGUUGGUCAUUGUUUACAUUGCAUCCACAGCACUUGAGAAAACCAGAGAGGUAUUAAUGUCAGAGCCAAGGAAACUGAGCCAGAAGCUGAAGAUUUGGUUCUCAGAGUACUGGAACAUAUCAGACUUUAUCGCCAUCACACUCUUCCUGUUCGGACUUUCGAUGCGUGGGUUCGCCGAUCCCUACCGAACCACAGGACGCAUCAUUUACUGCCUGGACACCAUCUUCUGGUUUGUCAGGGUGAUGGAUCUGCUGGCUGUCAAUCAGCACGCAGGUCCGUACCUCACUAUGAUCACUAAGAUGACCAGUAACAUGUUCUUCAUCGUGGUGAUGAUGGCCGUCGUGUUGCUCAGCUUUGGCGUGUCCAGAAAAGCCAUCUUGUCACCUGACGAGGAGCCAUCGUGGAGCCUAGCUCGAGAUAUCGUCUUCCAGCCUUACUGGAUGAUCUUCGGAGAGGUCUAUGCAGGAGAGAUAGAUGCGUGUGCCGAAGAAGCUCCGUGUCCUCCUGCGUCUUUUAUCACACCGUUCCUUCAGGCCGUCUAUAUGUUCUUCCAAUACAUCAUCAUGGUCAACGUUCUCAUUGCAUUUUUCAACAACAUCUACUUUGACAUGGCAUCAACGUCUAACAAGCUGUGGAGGUACAACCGCUAUCGCUACAUAAUGACCUACCAGGAAAGACCAUGGCUGCCCCCUCCCCUGAUUCUUUUCAGUCACAUGGCUCUCGCUGUGGGAGGGAUCGUCGGAAGAUUCAGACAAGAUGCCGAGAGGGAAGAGACGGGCUCUGGCCUCAAGCUCUACCUAGGCCACGAGGAUAGGAAGAAGUUGUACGAAUUUGAGGAGAAAUGUGUGGAGGUCUACUUUCACGAGAAGAAUGAAGACGUCCACAGCAGUCAGUUGAACAGAAUCAGAGCCACAGCUGAGAGGGCAGAGGAGAUGUGUGCGAUGGUGGGAGAGGUCUCAGAAAAGGUCAACUUUAUUCAACACAGCCUGUCCGAGUUAGACUCUCAGCUGGGUCAACUCCAGGACCUGUCUGCGCUGGCUGUGGACACCCUGACUCUGCUCUCUACCUCAGACAGCCUGUACCAGGAAGAGGCACGUCUGGCUCAGUGUCGGCGCGUGGCGGCGUCGCAUCGCGCCCUCCCUCAUAGCUGGACCCUCCUCCACAGAAGCGGGACGGACUCUGAUGGGUCUAACUUGCAGCGAGUCACGGCCAAAACUUGUAAAAGUACUCCACCUUCGUUACUGAAGUGCUCUGCUCUGACAGGAAGCAGAGGAGUGAGAGGAGACAAGGAAGAAAAACUUGGAUCAUCUGAAGCUGGACAGGAAACUGUAAAAGAGAGUUCUGCUCACGAACAUCCCAGUGAGCACAGGUUGGGAGGCUCCAGAUUUGCAUCUCACGCAUUUUUUCCUUCGUUUUCUGGCGUCGAUGCUCAUAACCCCACUGCAAGGACUCAGAUGCCCUCUGAGUCCUGUGAGUCAUCCCGCUGCGGGUCUCCUCUUUCUCCCAGAGGAUUUGGGUUUCUACACAGACCCUGGACCUGUGAUCCAUAUCUGUACCCAAGUCGAGAAGAAUCUUCCGUGGAGGAAGGAGAAGAAGAGGAGGCCGAAAAGGAAGAGAAUGAAAAGGAGAUGUCACAGAAACAGAUUUCUAAUACAGAAGAUGAUGUCCAACCAAGUUGUCAGUCCAGACAUUGGAGCCAUUGGAGAAGACCCGCGUUAUCCCCCAGGUGGGCGUUUAUGCCCAGAGAUCGUCCUUUUGGCUUCUGCCGCUCAUUGUCUUCCAGCAUGGAGAACAUGACCUUUGGAGCGCCCCUCAGUCCAAAGAGGGAUUCGUUUCCAUCUCUUGAUGAACCAAUGAACAAAGACUGUUUAUACGGCAAGAGGGGCUUCAGGGAUGAUACCUCUCUGCAAUGCAGCAGAAGACAAGAAUGGACCAAGUCCUCUGACUUCACCUCAAGUUUGGACAGCAGAGGCAAAAGCCACAACAAGAAGAUGGUGAAGAUAAAGGAGUGUACUACCGAUAUGAUGGUGAUGCAGUCCAACCUGUCUGAUGCCUCGUGGAAAAAACGACGAAGGUGUUUCGCAGAAGCUUCAUGUUGGUCAGCUUCAACCAGCCUCAGUCAGCUCAGUUAUGAUUCCACAGAUUCGAUGCAGAAACAAAUGUCUUCUUCUCAGGAUAUGUGGAGCCCCACUCAUUCAGCAUGGAACAGCUGGGCCAAAAACAUGAGCCGCAGAUCCUCGAUACAGUGUGGUGCUGCACCUGAAGUUAAGAGCUCCUCCUUCCAGCCCAGUGACAACUUGUACCCACACUUUUCAGCUAUGGAGAGAAACAAUCUGAUGAGGCUGGCUCACACGAUCCCCUUCACUCCCGUUUCCAUGUUUGGAGGCGAAGAGGUGAGCGUCUACUCUCUGGAGGACGCGUCCUCGGACACUGACCCUGAAUCCAGUUCUGUCUCCUCCUGGUCUUCCCGAGGCUACACGGCCAUGCUGCAGCUGCUGUCCAGCGAGGAGGGUUCUCUGGAUGGGGGUCUCCGGCAAGGCUGCCGGGUGUUAUGUACCUGGGCAGAGCAGGAGGUGCUAAAGCCUGGAAUGGUAUACGUGGUGAAAGCUUUUAAGGCCGAGGUGGUUCGCGCUUGGCAGAGAUAUUUCCAUGGGAGCACUGCGCUGCAGCUGUGUUUAAGGGAGAUCCAGCAGCAAAGAGCAGCUCAGAAAAUGAUGCAAGUGUUUAACCAGAUCAAACCUGAUGAUAUGCACCAUUCACCAAGAUUUCUUGAUGUAUCGCUGGUUCUUUGGCACUCUAAUGGUCAGUGGUUGACUAUUGAGAGAAACUUGCCAGGCGUCUUCAGGAAAUACAACAACAACACAGGAGAGGAGAUCGCCCCCUGCUGUUCACUGGAGGAAAUGUUGCUGGCAUUCUCCCACUGGACCUAUGAGUACUCCCGCAGAGAGCUUCUGCUGCUCGAUAUACAAGGAGUUGGGGCAGAGCUGACUGAUCCAACGGUGGUUAUGGGAGAUGACCAAAGUGGUGGCAGGAAUGAGAUGCUGUUUGGUCCUGAUAACCUUGGAGAUGCUGCCAUCAACGGGUUCCUGCAGAAACACUCCUGCAACUUCUGCUGCCACAGACUGGGCUUAAAAGAUUUAAGGAGGCGUUUGGGCAGCUGUGAGAGCAGCGGUGAGGAAGAGUCGAUGUCGGGGAAAGAAGAAGAAGAAGAAGAUGAUGAUGAAGAAGAAGAAAAAGAAAAAGAAGGGGACAAUUAAACCAGGAUGCAACCUUUGACCAGGGAAGUACGAGAAAAAGAGCAUAUGUUUUUUUAUAGAGAUGUUUUUGUAAAAUACUUGAAGUUAUUUUGUGUUUACAGUGUAAACAAGGCGAUAGGUUGAUGUCUUUGUCAUCUGAAAACUGACUUUAAAAGGUUAUAUUUACAGUAAUUUCAACUGGUUUCUAAUAAAGUCUAAAAUUGAAUAAAAAUAAGGUUCUGUUAAUUUUCAAAACGGAAAGGAAAUAUAAAUGACAAUUUUUGUAUGUUUAGAGAAUUAUUUUGUAUUUAAUAAAAUACAGAUAAAACUAGGAUGAAAAUAAAAAGCAUGUUUGUGAUUCAGACAAAACCAGGCAGAAAUUCACCCAUAAAAUUUCUUUUAUUUUUUUCCUUCCCACAACAAAAUGUCUACAAAAGCGAUAAAAUAUAGAAUUUAA